AUGCAGGACGUGGUGGACCCCGAGGACCCGGCGUACUUGACGCGGCAUGCGCAGAGCCAGCUCGACCUCGGCGGCACCGCGGCCGCCAAGACGAUCCGCAAGCUUGUGAACGAGCGCACGUCGACGCGCAUCCAAGCACGGAACGCCGAUGCUUCGAUUGCAUACCCGCCGUCGCGAGGGCUGGCCAAGUACACGCCGCGCUUUCUGCAAGCGUGCAAACGCCUCUUUGAGCGCUGCGAGCGCGAUUCCGGCGGCCGCUCGAUGGCGCUGCCGACGCUGCGGCAGCUCGCGUCGGCGGGCGCGUUCGCCGUCGACCAACGCACGAUGGACGCGUGGCUGCAGCACCCGCGCGCCGACGACGCGCACGUGACCUUUGGCGAAUUCGUCGAUGCGUGCUACUGCUUUUACGGUCUCGACCUCGAGGAUCGUCUCGGGAGCGAGACGAGCCGUAAUUGUCACCCGUUUGCGUUGGCGUGCGCGCGCGACAAGGACGCCCGCGCCUUCUCGCCCCGCGACCACAUUCGGCGACGCAACCCUAUGAAGGCGCAGCAAGAACGCGAUGCGAGCGACGUCGUGUGGCUCGCGCAGAGUGGCUGCUUGCGCGCGUCCAAGAGCCAGCCCGUCCUCCGAACGAGCCCGAGUGCCUCGUGCUUGGCCAAAAAUGAGGCCGACGUCGCGCUCAAGCGGGACAAGGUCGUGGCACAGCGAGACAACGCGUUGCGGCAGCGAGAGGCGGUGCAGGCCAACGUGGCGCUCGCCCAGCACUUUAGCACCAACGUGGGCAUGGUGGCGAGGCAUGUUCAGAUCGGCGAGAUCACGGAGAAGCGGCAUCAUCACGCGCGCGCCAAGAAGGCGCGUUUUGAGGCCAAGAAGCAAGCCAACGAGCAAGCGAGCGCUUGCGCCAAGGCCUUUACCAACCGCAUCAAGCUCUCCAAGCUCGAGGACGUCCAGGAAGCGCGCCGCGAAGUGCAGCAUGAGCUCGCGGCCAUUAAGGAACGAAAGCACUACCGGGCCGAGAUGCUUCGGCGCCAUAAGGCGCUCUUCAACCUCUCCGAGUCGACGUGCACACUGCAUCGGCGGCCGCCAGAGCUACUGGCCGCGCUCUCCCGGGCACACACGGAGGCCGAGACACGGCGCCUCGCCAAGGUCGAGCAGCGCUUCUUUGAACAGAGCUUAAGCCAGCAACUGCGCGAGUACAAGCACGACAAGGAGCAUGCGCUCAAGCAGACAGUGCACCCGCCUGUGCCCGCAGCCAUGAUCCACCUCGACCAGCAAGACGAGAGCGGGGCGUGGGAAAAUGCUGAGGCCAAGCUGACAGCGGCCAUGGACGCGCUACUGCAGACAUGGAUCGAUGACCAGCGCGACUUGAGCUGCUUGCUGCCUACGGCCAACACGCCACCAGCUGCACUGCGCUACUUUGGCAAGGUGCGCGACGUGCCGCCCAAGCCGUUCCAGUCGUCUGCAGACCGAGGACUCUAACUACUACACGAUCACCUUGAAGUCGCC